CUUGGAUCGGACCGUGAAUGGCUCUGUCGACAUCUUGCCUCUCUCUGCCAUGUCAGGGGAUUCGGUACCACUCAAAACUGGAAGAAGGCAGCGGAAACCUUUGAACAACUCGCCAACGAAGGCCACAGCGAUAGCCAGGUCUGGCUUGGAGGCUGCUUCUACAUAGGCAAGGGGAAGUCGAUGAACAGACUUGAAGCUUUCCAGUGGUAUAGUAAAGCAGCGAGCCAGGGUAACUCGUACGGAUUGUAUGGGAUUGGUUAUUUGUUGCACCGGGGAGAGGGGGUUACCGAGGAUAAAGCCCAAGCAGUCGAGUGGCUUCGUCAGUCGGCUGAGUUGGGCAAUCGAUACGGCCAAUAUUAUCUCGGCUCGUGCUACAAGAAUGGCGAUGGUGUCCCCAAGAUCAACACAGCCGUCUACUGGUAUCGAAAGGCAGCAAAUCAGGGUGACCAAGAGGCCAUCAAUUGUCUCAAGUCCCUCGGCAAGUGGCCCUGAUCCCCGAGCUCCUCCCGAUUGAUACAUCCCAAGGGUAGGGUCGCACCUCUAAACAUGCAACCCGAGCGUCCAAGCUUGCAAGGUGGCUCCAAUAAGGCCGCAAUCGCCGAGUGGUGUUGUACUUGACAUUCAAUACAUUCAAGACAUCCAAUACGUCC